CUCUGAAAAGCCGUUUCCUCCGGAUUUUGAAACUGCCGUCUUAUAAAUGCAGUUGCAAGUUGAUACUAUAUGUAAUAUCAGAGAAAACCAGCGGUGCUGCUGGUUGAUCCUGAAAUGAGGCUGCAGCCCAGUGUAAGUAGGAGAAAGCACUCCUUAAAAACGUUUGUUUCGGAGCCUCAGGACCCAAACCACACUUUAUGAGUUGUGUUCCAUAAGCUUUGGUUAAGUCUGCGGUCUGGAACUCUCUUAUUUCGUAAUCUGUAAACUGGUUUGUUUGAGGACCAGGUAAAAAUUAAUAAGUAAUAAUAAUUAAAAGCCUUUUCUGCCUGCAGUUGUAUGUUGAGUACAGUUACAGUAUUAACAAUUUACAGAACCUAACAACCUGCCAGAAGAAAAACGUUUUCUGAGUUCAACUUCGGGGUGCUGUGCUUGAGAAUCAGAGAGACCCUUCCUUCUUGCCCUGGCACCUGCUUCCACCCUCUUCCUGUCUGGCGGUCAGGGUGAGGGAGGGCCCCAGGGCCAGAGCCCCAUUGGAGAGACUUUGUUCAGCCAUGAGGUAACAGCGUAGCCUCUGGUUUAAUAGCGUGGCCUUCAGGUAGCCGUACAAAGGUGAACCAGGUUAUUGAACCUCUUUGAGCCUAGAGCCUUGUAGAAUUCUUCUGCAGAUUUGAGACCAUAAAUAGCAAAACAAAUGAGCUCCUCGGUAACCUCUGCCAAAGUGGCUGUGAAUGGUGUCCAUUUGCAUUAUCAGCAGACUGGAGAGGGAGAGCAUGCAGUCCUGCUGCUUCCUGGAAUGUUGGGAAGUGGAGAGACUGAUUUUGGACCCCAGAUUAAGAACCUGAAUAAGAAGCUCUUCACAGUGGUUGCCUGGGAUCCUCGAGGAUAUGGACAUUCCAGACCCCCAGAUCGAGAUUUCCCAAUGGAUUUUUUGGAAAGGGAUGCAAAAGAUGCUGUUGAUUUGAUGAAGACGCUGAACUUUAAGAAGGUGUCUCUGCUGGGGUGGAGUGAUGGUGGAAUUACAGCACUCAUUGCAGCUGCAAAAUACCCAUUGUACAUCAACAAGAUGGUGAUCUGGGGAGCUAAUGCCUACAUGACUGAUGAAGAUGAGAAGAUUUAUCAAGGUAUCCGAGAUGUUUCUAAAUGGAGUGAGAAAACAAGAAAACCUCUCGAAACCUUAUAUGGCUAUGACUACUUUGCCAAGACCUGUGAGAAGUGGGUAGAUGGCAUGCAACAAUUUAAACAUCUUCCAGAUGGGAAUAUCUGCAAGCACCUGCUGCCCCUGGUUCAGUGCCCCACCUUAAUCGUGCACGGGGAGAAGGAUCCUCUGGUCCCUCGUCCCCACAUCGACUUCAUACACAAACACGUGAAAGGGUCGCGGUUGCAUCUGAUGCCAGAAGGCAAGCACAACCUCCAUCUGCGCUUUGCAGAUGAAUUCAAUAAGUUAGUAGAAGACUUCCUACAGUAAAAAUGCCCGAGAACCGCGGGAAUUUGAUGAUGCCUUACUGUGGAAUCACCGGUUGGUGAGCCUCUUGCUGUCAUUCCUCAGCUCACCUGUUUUCCCAUGCUUUCUACUCCUCCCUGCAAACUCCUCCCAAAUAGAAAUAAUGACAUUAAAAUGUCCUCUAGGGGUACCUGGGUGGCUCAGUGAUUGAGCAUCUGCCUUUGGCUCAGGUCCUGAUCCCGCAGUCUGGGGAAUUGAGUCCCGCAUCGGGCUUCCCACAGGGAGCCUGCUUCUUUGCUUCUUCCUCUGCCUCUCUGUGCCUCUCAUGAAUAAAUAAAUACAAUGUUAAAAAAUAAAUAAAAGAAUAAAAAUUGCCUGAAAUGAAACUGAAGAGAC